AGGCACAGACGGAGCAUCAUUGGCAAUGGUUGGGGAAAGCACAGGGUAAGGCUAUUGGUUGAGGGAGAGUGUAGCGUCAUUGCCAGUGGGGGGGAGCUCUGAGGAUGCUCCGCUGAACUGGGAGGGAAUACAUUCGCUGGGAGUUUGCAUUGAGAGCUCAGCCAUUAUCAGCUGUACACUGAGAAUAGGGACUCCUCUGCAGAAUAAUUUUCUACACCCAGUGCUUGUUGACUCUUCUGCUCUCUCAGCUGCAGCCAUGAAUUAUUUGCGUCGGCGUCUCUCGGACAGCACGUUCAUCUCCAACCUGCCCAAUGGCUACAUGACAGAUCUCCAGAGGCCUGACCAAGCUCAGCCUCCUCCACCUGCCACCACCACCCCUGCCAAGUCUCCUACAGCUGGGCCUACACCACCAGCCACUUCCCCUGCUCCAGAGAGGAAACCACAGCCAGCUCAGUCUACCGGAGCGGGUUUCUUUAGCUCCAUCACCAAUGUUGUUAAGCAGACAGCUGCCUCAGCAGGGCUAGUGGAGCAGACCCAAGUCACGACACCUAAGAAGUUCAAGAUUCUCCUGGUAAUUGACGAACCACAACAAGAGUGGGCAAAAUUAUUCCGUGGAAAGAAAGUACAUGGGGAUUAUGACAUCAAAGUGGAGCAGGCUGAAUUCAAUGAGAUCAACGUUGUGGCUCAUGCCAGCGGGACCUGCAAUGUUAACAUGCAAGUUCUCCGAAAUGGUACCAAGGUUAUGAGGUCAUUCAAGCCAGACUUUGUCCUCAUUCGCCAACAUGCCUUCAGUAUGACCCAGAACGAAGAUUUUCGCAACCUGAUCAUUGGUCUGCAGUAUGGCGGUGUCCCAUGCAUCAACUCCCUUGAGUCCAUCUACAACCUGUGUGACAAGCCAUGGGUGUUUGCCCAACUGAUCAACACCUACAGGAAGCUGGGUGCUGAGAAGUUCCCUCUGAUUGAGCAGACGUUUUACCCAAACUACAAGGAGAUGGUAAGCAUGCCAUCAUUCCCUGUUGUUGUGAAGAUUGGACAUGCCCACUCCGGUAUUGGAAAGGUGAAGGUAGACAAUCACAGUAAGUUCCAGGACAUAGCCAGCGUCGUGGCUCUCACCCAGACGUACACCACCACAGAACCUCUCAUCGAUUCCAAGUACGACAUCAGAAUCCAGAAGAUUGGCAGUGACUAUAAGGCCUAUAUGAGAACGUCCAUAUCUGGUAACUGGAAGACCAAUACUGGCUCAGCUAUGCUCGAACAGGUGGCCAUGACUGAUAGGUACAAGAUGUGGGUUGACACCUGCUCAGAGAUUUUCGGGGGUCUGGAUAUUUGUGCUGUCAAAGCUAUCCAUGGGAAAGAUGGCAAAGAUUACAUCACAGAGGUGGUGGGCUCUUCCAUGCCCCUGGUAGGGGAACACCAGGCUGAGGACAGGCAGCUCAUCGCUGACAUGGUGCUGGCAGAAAUGAACCAGUCAGCAGAGAAGGAAGCUAAUGCUCCCCAGAGACCCACCACCAUACAGCCAUCCCAGGGAGCUGUCCAGAAGGGAGAGAUUGUUGGUGAACCCACUAAGAACGGUGCUGGGCGCCCACCUCAAGGUUGUCUGCAGUACAUUCUCGACUGUAAUGGCGUUGCAGUGGGUCCUAAACCAGUCCAGGCCAACUGAGUCACCUAGGAGAAAGGGAGGAAGUCUCAAAGUCUAGAUAACAAUGACGUACCUUAGCUGAACACAAGUGCAGACAUGUGUGUGGAUGCUGAUAGCUAGAAUCAGAUCUUGGUGAUGUGAGCUCGGUACAGCUGAGUGCUGGCCUGGAUUGUGUUUUUAACUCUAUGCAGUGUCAAAAUGUACUGUCUACUUGUUGACCUGUUGAUUUGUGUGCUUGUAUAGGUCACCUAUGUUUCAGUAGCUGUGGUUUUUUUCUUUGGGGCUGUUGUUGAUGAUGUAAAAAGCAGAUUGUGCCUACACUGAGUUCAGCGCUGCUCUGUGCUACCUGUUUGACCCAGCUAUGAACCUUUUAUUUGCCCCCUACCCUUUUCUGUUUUCUAUUUUGGUGUGUACCUUUAGAUAUUGUUCAAACUGUGGACUAUCGUGCAGUUUGAAGUUUGCGUAUAUCUCAAUAUGUAUACAGUAUGUGAGUGUGUAUGGCUGUAGUGGUGAUUAUUUUCAUACUUAUACUAAUUGAUAUUUAUUUUUGUUUUGCAUGAUUGAUACAAAUACAGGUGCAAGUCAGUUAUUAAUGUCUGAUCCAGUGGGAUGUUCACGUAACAUCGCUGUGUUCCCCAAGCUGUGUUCUCUGUGAUUCAUGCAUUGUGAAUGUGUCAUAAGAAAUGCAUAUUAUAUAAGUUCUACAGGAUACAUGUAUUCAUUACCAAACAUGCAUUAAACAGUGAGUGUGACAGUGUACACUCAUGCAUACACAUACAAUAGAGACAUGCAGUAUGUGGCCUUUCUUAAAGUAAGUUUUUUCAUCUAUAAUGUCACUAGAAAAGAGAUUAUUUCAACACGAGAUUAGUCUAAGAUUUAUUAAAGUUUUUAUUAUGUAGGAUGUUGUGCAGGUUUGCACACACAACUUAAAUAUAUUGAUAUAAUUUUGAACCAAAGAAUAAAUAAUUUACUUUCAAUCAGUCUUUGCACUCCAGUAACCCACAAUGUAAAUAUCAGCGAGGGGACUGUUAAUCCUGCAGCGUGUCACAUGGAGUGUGUAAUGUCAUCAGAGAACAGCGUUCCAAGACAAUACUUGUGUUUUCAAAUAGCCUGUUGUAAAUUACAUGUCAGUGAACUGAUGCUGUAUUCUUUUUGCAUUCGGUUGUGUGGAAGCAGACAUUACGACUGAUAAUGAAAAGCUGUGUAAUGUAUGAUCUGCCAUGAAAUGACAGAUAUAAAGUCCCCCCCUCCACCCGUGGCCCUCGCACUGGAUAUCAGCUAUCAUGGUGGUUUUGCCAUGACAACAAUGCAAGUGCUCUGAGGUUUAGCGUGGACUUAUGUCCAUGUCACUGCCAUUCAAAGAUUCGACACGUUUACCCUCAUCACACUCUUCCUGUGAGUUGACGGAAAGUGCAAUAUAAAUCUUUGUUUUUUUACUCAAUAAUGUAUUUAUUUUGAAAUCAGAUCUUCCAUCAAAUUGAUUCAAAAAGCUAUAGUCAUCCACACAUUGAAUUGUUUUAAAAUGUUUUUACACAAAUAUCACAAUCACAUGGUUGUUGUCCAGUGGCUUUUGUGGAGGCAGUUUCAUAUAUCUAAUACCCUAAAUGGUGAAACAGCUAAAAAGCAACCAAAUCAACUGUAAAAAGAAAUCUGUACCAUUUUCAAACAAUUUGUUUGUUACUAUAGUAUGAAAUAUGUUAAGGAAGCUUUGUGUGUAAUUCUUUUUCCAGUUGUUUAAAGUGCCAUUGUAUCUGUGAGCGUAUCCUUGUAAAAGCCAUGCCUGAGGCUUUAUGGUUGUGUUGUUCUGUUUAAUAGGAAAUAUGCCAUGGCAUUGAUAUCCAAGGCAGGACCAUGCAGAGGUUAGGCCUUGGUUCAGUGAUCAUGAUUUAAUAUUUGAUAAAUUAUAACUGGAUGUGUUUAUUUGGCCAUUGUGUUCUGGUGAAACUUAUAUCUUCAGACCUGCAGGACUGUAACUAUUAAGGGCCAUGGUAACUUGCUAAAUAUAUGUACUUUUAAAACCGGUGUUGGACUGUUUAAAUCAAGAUCAGAAUACAAUAUAUUGUGGAAAAAAUUCCAUUCUGGAUAUUUCCCUUCUGUCACUGGCAAUAAAGCUUCCUUUGCAAUAUA